AUGCCGCCACGGAUAGUAUCGCCGCUGCAUGCUGCGACAUGCUGUAGCCGUGCCCUUCGCCCCUCCACGAACCCAACGAGCCUCGUCUCCCUCUUCGCUGGCCUGUCUAUCGGCACCCGCAAUGCCUCCAUCCUCGCCAGCCUGAGCGACAACAAGGGAGCUUACAACAAGCGCAUCAGACUCGGUCGCGGUCCCUCUGCCGGCAAGGGCAAGACGUCUGGAAGAGGUCACAAGGGUCAGGGACAGCAUGGUCACGUCAAGCCGUGGUUCCAAGGUGGUCAGACACCGUUGAUCGUGCAAAGGGGAACGAAGGGUUUCGACAACAAGCGCGCUCCCGUCAUGUCCAAAUUGAACCUCGACAAGCUUCAACAAUGGAUCGACGCCGGCCGCCUGGAUCCUACGAAGCAAAUCACCGUCAAGGAAAUCAUCGAGUCGGGCCUCAUCGGCAGCGUCAAGGACGGCAUCAAGCUCCUCGGCCGCGGCAAGACCGACCUCCGCCAGCCCAUCGACAUCAUGGUCUCGCGCGCCUCCGCCUCCGCCAUUGACGCCGUCGAGGGCAACGGCGGGAAGAUCCUCACCAGAUUCUACACCAAGCAGUCCAUCAAGCGCCUCCUCCGAGGCGAGUCCCAGAACACGGAUAAGCCCCUGCCCGUCGGCAAGGAGUACGUCGAGAGCAUCCUCUCCGAGGCCCGCAAGAAGACGUUCCUCUACAGAUUGCCCGACCCCACGAGCCGUGAGGAUAUUGAGUACUACCGCGACCCCGCCCACCGCGGGUACUUGAGCCACUUGCUCAAGGAGGGCGAGUCGCCGUCUUUGUACUUCAAGGUGCCGCUUGCGAGAAAGCGCAUCGAGCACGCCGACAAGGAGUCGCGCAAGGAGACUAAGAAGGUUACCCGCGACAACACCCUUUGGUAG